UCUUGCAACACUGUUUGUCAAAAUGGCGACUUGAGAAUUCAUAGCGUGACAAAAACAAAGCGCAAUUCACAAUAUUUUUGGUGUUUUUGUGCAAUGAUUAAGUGUUUUAUCGUGCAAAACUUACCGAAAUGUACAAAUUAACAGUGCUGUGACUGCGAACUAUUAACCAGUUAAUGAAAUUGACCAACGUCAGCGUCAAAAAUAAAGAAACGCCGACCGCAUAACCUUUACGUGUCGCAGUUGCGAAUGGAGUGUAAAGGCAAAUCAAAGAGAAUGAAUGAAGAGGCGCCAAGCAAAAAAUUGCCGCCUAAAAUAUAUGGCGGUGACUAUGCGCCUAAUGCAAGCACACCCACUAAAGCGGCUCACGAUGAGAUUCUCAGCUCACUGCUACGUAUUAAUAAUUUUGACUCCAUAUCGAGCAUUAAGGACGAGUCUCUGGACAUUGAUCUGUCUGCGUGUGUGACAAUUAGUUCGGCGAGUUUCAUCAACGGCAAUAGCCUCUCCUCAACGGACUUUUGGCGCGUACUCGAUGAAAGCGCUCAAAACAACACGGAGCUCAAUUUGGCCGCGGAUGUGUGUCGCGACGAUUUGGUUGCUCCCACUCCCAGUCCCAGUGCAAGUCCCAGCGCGGUGAACGUGGCGAACCUUUCGAAUGGCAGUGCUAAUGAUAACACUAAUUCAGAAUUUAAUGUUACUUUCUUGAGGCCGGAGCCGCCAAAUGCGUUUACCAAUUCGCCGUUUAAAAAGGUAUCAACGACUCCAGUGAAGUUACCGUCACCUGAACAAAUUCAUAUGCAGGCGGGCCAGACACCGCGGAAGGUCCGAUUGCCAGCAGCCACAGCGGUGCGCCUGAAGGUGUUCAAGGAAGAGCCCGUGGAGGAGAAGCCGGCGCCGUCGGAGACCACAAAAUCCCCGGUUCAGACCAAAGUGGAGAUCUGUGAGGCAGAACUCACGCCGCACACAUUUACCAUAUUCCAACAACAACAGCAACAGCAACAGGAGGAACCGAACGGAGAAAUGCCACCACCAGCAGCUCCGCUAGAUAACAGUGCAAAAUUGGAGCUGGAAGCUACGCCACAGCCCCUCUACAAGUGCCUGGACUGCAAUAGUUUGGUUUUGGACAGUCCGCAACUGGUGAACGCACAUAAGGCAGCCGCUCAUAGUCUGCGCAUUACAUACAAUUGUGCCGAGUGUCAGCGUGAGUUUGAACUGUUGGCGGGUCUCAAGAAGCACCUGAAGACGCACCGCAGCGAGGGCCGAAAGGAUACAUGGAAGAAGUGCCCCGAUUGUGGCAAAUGCUUAAAACUGGGAAGCAUGUGGAUGCAUCGCAAGAUUCACAGCGACAAUAAGAAGUACCAGUGCGAUAUCUGUGGGCAGAAAUUUGUGCAGAAAAUCAAUUUGACGCAUCAUGCCCGCAUCCACUCCUCUGAGAAGCCGUACGAAUGUCCGGAAUGUCAGAAACGAUUUCAGGAGCGUUCGCAUUUACAGCGUCAUCAGAAAUAUCAUGCUCAGACGCGCUCUUAUCGCUGUGAGAAAUGCGGCAAAAUGUACAAAACCGAACGCUGCCUGAAGGUGCACAAUCUGGUGCACUUGGAGCAGCGUCCGUUUGCUUGUACCGUGUGCGACAAGAGCUUCAUCAGCAAUUCGAAGCUGAAACAACACUCGAACAUUCAUACGGGCAUGCGUCCCUUCAAGUGCAACUAUUGUACACGUGAUUUCACCAACUUUCCUAACUGGCUAAAGCAUACGCGACGUCGUCAUAAAGUCGACCACAAGACUGGAGAACAUCUUGAGAACAUUCCCUCCUACUGUUCAAAGAAGUCGACAACAACUAAGGCACAGAAAGCGGCAGCAGCAGCAGCAGCGGCAGCAGCCGCCGCCACCACCACCACCACUGCUGCAGCAGCAACAACAGCCACAGAGGAGCCACAGGUCGGAGCUGAUGCAAAUGCGCAGCAGCCCAGCAGAGAGCCAGCCAAGCCGACAGUUAGCAAUGCACCAACGCCAGCGGCAAAGCAGACACGCAAAAAGAAACAGCCACAGCAAGCUACAUUGGCCGCCUUGGGCAUCACAUUGCCCGCAGGCACUGCAUUGCAGCAGGUGCAUCCGCUGCCCGUACGAAAAGUGACGAAUGCUGCUGCUGGUGUUGCAGCGGCACCACAAUCAACACCAUCACCAGCGCUGCCGACAUCGCAGUCCACUGCUUUGCCCACCAAGCAACUGAAGUCUAAGCGGGAACGCAAGCAAUUGACUCCCAAGCAGUUGCAACAAAAGCCAGUUUCAGGCGCUACAUUGUCUGUUGCCGUGCCGCAGAUUAAAAAGGAGCCGCUGCAAAUUCAGAGUCCAUAUCUAGAUCUGAACGGCCUGAGCCUGACAUCGGCCGAGGAUCUGAUCAUGGAGCAGGCGCUGGAAAUGGAGGAGAGCGGGAUGUUUGUGCCGACCGUAGUUAGUACCGAUAUUGGCACCUCCGACAAUGCCAUUUCCUCCGAGGCAGCCGCCGCCCUGCACUUUCAAGUUAAAAACGAAAUACCCGAUGAACUGUUAGCUGACGAAGAUUUCUUGCCUCAUAAGCCCGUCAAUGGCAAUCGAUUGGCCUGUCCCUCGCUUGAAUCAUCACCGUUCUCUUCGCCCGCGUCCAUGGAACUGGCAGUGGUCUCCUCCUGCAACACAGCUAGCUCAACGACGACGCAAGUGAGCACAGGUCGUACCGCCAACUACUAUUUGCCUGCCUUUACGUUAAAUGCUCAGGGCAAGCUGACCAGUUGCACGAGCACUGGAGCGGGUAACAUGGGUCUGGGGUCUGGACCCACCCAGGUGUCGAUGGUGCCGCUUUUGGUGCACUCAAAUCAAAUAUUACCCUCGGUGGAUACGCUGCUGUUUACCACACAGCCAGGCAAUCGAUUCUUCUCCGGCAAGGCAGUCGCUGGCGCACAAGCAGCGUCAGCUGCCACGCCCCAUAUGACAUGAUCGCACGACGGCUACUAGGCC